CGUAGUAGACAUUGACAACUCCAACCAAGCAGCAAGUAGGAGUGAUACUAGCAGCUUUGCGCGUAAAAAAACGACAUUUUCGUAAUUAAACAAUAAAAUUGCAAAAAUCAAUUCAAAUUUUUAAGGGAUUUAUUUUCUCCUUAUAUAAUUAUUAUAUAAAGAAGGCUCAUACACGCUGGAACAAGUGUGCCUAUAAAAUUGUAAUAACUAAUAACCCUUCCAUACAAAACCAAUUUCUCAACUCUCAAAAUCUGAAAUCAUCAUGGACCAAAAUAAAGAGAAAAAUGCUCCUUGGCUAUCAGUGCCACAGUUUGGGGAAUGGGAUCAGAAGGGCCCGUUGCCAGACUAUUCACUGGAUUUCUCAAAAAUCCGGGAAAUGAGGAAGCAAAACAAGACUAAUACUUCAAGAGCAAGUCUUGGUAAUGAGGAGGAGCUCAAUAUGGCUUCUAACAAAAACAAUAUAAGCACUGAUCACAAUGAGCGUCAGCACCCCCACUACCACCAAACCAACUCUCCAACUACAAGGAGGAGCUUCCUCAGUUACUUCAACUGUUGUGUAAAAGCCUGAUAUUCAGGAGCGUCUACAACCUUUUCUCUUGUCUUCUGAAGAUCGUUGAUUAGGACACUUAAGCUUAUGUGUUUGGUUAUAUUAAUUUUUCCCUUGUGUUUAGAAAAACAAACAAUUCCUUUUAGCUACAAUCUUCAACGAGGAUUCUAUGUUUUAUUUGGACAUAUUCUGAGUUAUUCUUGUUGCAAUGUUUGUAUCUAGUUAGAGGUAAAGAUGGUAAAUCGUGUAAAUGUAAAUGCUGCCCAAGACCAAGAAAACCUUACUACCAGCUCUUAAAUAUGGGACGAGGGAAUUCAGGAAAACAAUGGCUUACAAGGAAACCCCUUUGCUUUUUGUUCCUCAAUUAAUUAUUAGCUUAGAGUGAGCCGCAAUCACAUUUCACUUAGGAUGAACCGUGUUUAGUAUUUAUUCUCUCAAAUUUUCAUUUAUUUCCGGCC